GUCAUAAGAUUUUAAAAAUGGCAAAUUUAAACCCAAAAUAAGAUAACUCAAACAAGAGCAUUUUAAAAGACUAGAGAUAGUUGGCUAAUGGUGUUAAACACUAAUUAGUCGAUGUUCCAUUAACCCUAUAAUACUAAAAUGAUGAAACAAAGUUUAAUUUGAAUCUAUGCUAUUAAAAUUUUCUACUUCAAAUGUCUGUUUAGCUGAAGAAACUGGAAUUAUCUCCCAAAGAACGAAAUGGCUUGCGAACUUGUAAAUUUAGCGGUUGACUCAAUUAACGUGGACUUGAAUAAAAUCAACCACUGGAAGGAAAACGUCUACAAUUUUUUGAAUUUAAAUUAUGCACCUAAACCAGGAUAUAGGUUUGGAAAGGUUACAAAUUCAAAAGCCAUUUUAUGGGAGACUGACGGCUUAACAUUUUGCAGAAAAGUUACGAUUUCUCAACAUAAUAACUCAUUCCUCUUCCUCUACAUCAAUAUUUAUAAUAAAGGAGAUUCAAAAUCACUGUAUUUUGUAAAUUCUGACUUAUAUUCCCCCGUUAACGAUUCUACUCCUGCGAACACACAGUUAAAUCAGAAAAAACAAAAUAAAGACGAUCGAAAUCAUCCAAAAGCGAAUUGGUGCCGAGUUAAAUCAACAGAUUUCUUUGAGAAGCUUAACGAAGUUGUUGAGCUACAUCAGUUUUUCUGCGAUGUUGAACUUAAUCUGGGUUCAAAGCUGAACCACCAUCUAUUUUUCAUUAAUAACUCUCACAGACUUUUAAUUGAUGUGUUUUUGCCGAAACUUGGCUAUAAACUAACAAAGGUUAAAUCAGGCCUAUUUGAAAUUUGGCGUUCGAGUUCUCCUAACGAGAAGUGUAUUACAGCCUUUGCUUAUCCCAGAACUAAAUACUCUUAUCUACAUCUUGUUAUCGAAUGUGACUCUGAUAACCCAUUCGAUUAUCCCCCGGACUCUCACACUAGUGCAGUUGGAAGAAGGAAGAAUUUAUAUUUUAAAAGAUCGAUGUAUUGUUGGACUGAGCUGUCAAAAGAGGAAUUUUUUAGCCACUUUGAAAUGGAAUUUGGCAAAACUGGAGUGAAUGGAGAAGUGUGUAACCUGGAUCGUGAUCUUUAUUGUUACUAUUAUAAGAAUAUACCUCUUAAAAUAGACGACAUUGAUGAGGAUAUGUUCUUUGUGACUAAAACAUUUUGUGAAAAGGUUACCAACCUUUCCAUUAAACCAAAGCCAGGUUUCUUUUUAAAGGAAAUUUACCUGGAACGAUUUUUACUAAAAUGUUCCAAAAUUGAAAACGUUCUACAUGUGAAUUUACACUUGUACAACGAUGAACUUGUUAUCUUCUACAUUGUUUUAUCUACCCUCAACUUACCUUCUAAAUUAUCCGGAUCCUUGUCACCACCCUCAGCAUGUCCUACUACUAAUGGGCUCUAUGGAUUAUCCCACUCUCGUUCUUCCGACUUAGUUUUAGAUACCGCACAACUGAAUUCAGGAAUGUAUGAACAAAAUGAGAACAGUCCUGAAAGUGUAAAUACCAUUUUAUACUUUAAGAAGAGGGACUCAACCUGGUCAUUGGUAAGUUAUUCAGAUUACGUGUCAACGUUUUCCAGCUUUUCUUAUUACAAGCCUAAUUUCGAAUUUUCCAAUAGUAUGGCCAGCACUAGAAGUACAAGUAGAUCCAAUAGCUUUGGAAUUAGUAGAAGACCAAAUUUUAUGCACAGGAAUAGAUUCUCAAGAGUAGUGCACAUGAGGAACCUUUUAAGGAAGAAUUUACACAUCCAAGAUGAGGUGUUCCAAGGUAAAAUUUUCUCCAACACAUUUAAAAAUAACAAGAAUUUACACAUCAGAACAUACUUUUCUCCUUCAGAAAAUUAUACAUGCCCCAAAAAAGUAAACAGAUUUCACGAAUUCUCUAGCAGGAAAAAUGUUAUUUUGGUCCAUGGGGUUGCCUCCAGCUUCAUGGACCAAUUCAUGGCCACAAAUUUUACAAAGCUCUUGCAAAAAAUCAAUUAUCUCAAUUUAAAUCCUUACUUUACUCCCUCAAUUGCUCCUUCACCCUCGCGUUUUAUUCAUAAAAGAACACUGUUAGGCUCUAUAAUGAGUCACAGGGGUGUACUGUAUGGGUAUAAAAAAAGACAAAGUAUGAACAUAAUGCUGAUUCGUAAAAAUCCACUCCACAGACUGAGAUUUCAUAAGCUAAUAAACUUAAAAAGGUAUAAGUAUGGUUUUAACACUGCGAUUACUAGAAGAAGACCUCAUCUAAGCCAUUUUAAUAUACAAAAUACAAAGAACCAUUAUAGGGACCCCUAUAAUACGAGGAUAGGGUACACGAAUAAUAUGUCUGAAUAUAGGUCUUUUGGUUACCCAGCCUAUAAACUCAAUACGUCAGUCUCUCAUAGUAGGAAAUAUUAUGAGCUUUUCAACUCCUCUAAUCAGUACAUGGACAACAUUCUCGAUGUGUUCAAAUCUUGUAGUUACACUGGAAGUUUGGUGGAAUUACUGAAUAAACUGGGAUAUAACGUCUACGCAAUGGAUUUACAAGCUCAUGGAUUAUCUGAAAGUUUCACUAGCAUCAGGUGUUACGUCACAGACUUCCAGGAUUACGUCAGUGAUCUUCUUCAAUUCGUUGAAAUUGUCAGGUCGGGUAAGUUUUUUGACAACUCCGACUCUUACACACUAACUCAAUAUCCAACAAGUUCACCAAACCUACGUUUUGGUCAUGAAUUCACCCAAUUCUCCACUGAGGACCAGGAAAGUAACACAGAGUACUUCAGUAGUAUGAACAAUAGCCCAAUAAGUAACGAGUCAGGAUAUACUUUAAGGAACCAUAUCAAUACACCCCUAUCAAAAGAAAGUAAACAAAAGGAUCAAUUUGUGCUAAUUGGGCAUUCUAUGGGCGCUAAUAUCUGUUUACAGGCAAUUGAACAUUAUAAUUCCUUACCCAAAACUGAUGCUGACGAUGACACUGACCAAUCUUGUACACCCAAAAAACAAGUUUUGGGGCAAAACACCCGUAUGAAUGAAAACAACUUGGUGGAUGUUUUUAUAAGUGUGUCUGGAAUGUAUAACAUCUUGGACCUCUUAACUAAAACUAUUAAGAAGAUAUUUCCGAUUUUCUUCAGAGUCACUUCCAUGUUUAUCCCUUCUCACGACACUGUUCCACUCAAAUACCGUGAUUACACCACCACCUUCAGACUCUACAAACGCUUCCAUGACCCGUAUUUUUAUAUCAGGAAGCUGACUCAUUUGAAAGGCCACCAAGUUAUUAAGGCGUGUAGAGAAGUGUUUGAAAACGUUAGGUUUUAUCCUAAGCAAAUCAAGACACUCAUACUACACUCAAGCCACGAUCCUUCAUGCCAUAUCAAUGGCUCUAAUGAACUGUAUGAACGUCUGGAAGGGGAACACUGCCAAUAUUUGCAAGUCGACUCAAACUUUCAUUCAAUUAUGAGCUUCGAGUACAUUGGAGUCAUAAAGGAUAUUUUCCUAAAAGUCCUCUCAUAACCUCUUUAAACACUAAUUUCAAUCAUACAA